CGAUGGCGCCUGCAGAUAUGAGCACUGCGAGGCUGAUAAGGGUAGACCAAUCUGGAAAGGGAGAUUUUAGGAAGAUUCAAGAAGCCAUUGAUUCUGUUCCAUCCCGAAACAAUGAACUCGUUUUCAUUUGGAUCAAACCCGGAACUUAUAGCAGGGAGAAAAUUGUGGUGCCGGAGGAUAAGCCGUUCAUAACAUUGAGCGGCAGCAAAGCCUCCGACACCAUAAUCACAUGGAACCAAGGAAGAGAUUUACUUCAAUCUCCGGCGAUCUCUAUCUUCGCCGCGGACUUCGUCGGCCGUUUUCUGACCAUCCAGAACACAUACGGCACCACCGGCAUUGCGGUGGCGCUGAGGGUCUCCGCCGACAGAGCCGCCUUCUACGGCUGCCGGAUCAUAUCCUUUCAAGACACCCUCCUAGACGACGUCGGAAGACACUACUUCAAGAACUGUUACAUCGAAGGCGCCACCGAUUUCAUAUGCGGAAACGCAGCUUCUCUCUACGAGAAGUGUCAUUUGCACUCAACGUCGGAGAGAGGCGGGGCGAUGACAGCGCAACACCGUAACACGGUGGCGGAGAACACUGGGUUCGUGUUCUUGGGGUGCAAAAUUACAGGAAGUGGAUCGGCUUUACUUGGACGGCCAUGGGGGGAUUGCUCAAGAGUUGUGUUCGGCUACACUCAUAUGAGCAACGUUGUUGUGCCAGAGGGCUGGAAUGACUGGGGAGAUCACACCAAGCAAAGGACGGUGUUCUAUGGGGAAUACAAAUGCUACGGACCAGGGGCGAACAGAGCAAAAAGAGUAGUGUGGUCACGCAGCCUCUCGACGGAUGAGGCUGCAAAACUCUUCACAAAAGACAUGAUCGGCGGUCGAGGUUGGCUCCGACCUGCUCCGUCUCAUUUCAAGAGAAGCUCCUCCACCAUUGUCCAGUAAGAGAGAACAAAAUAAUAUAUAUUCAAUUAUUAUCGUAAUGUAAUAAAACUAUUAAUUUUUAUU